GAAUAUCGCUGUCUUUCAAUGCAGACCGUCAAGCCUUCGGCUGAGACGCGUUAACAGCAUCCUUUGCUGUUAUUCAGCUCUCGCACCUCAAUGACACUAUUCAGUGUUAUGUCUUGCUUUUUUCAUGAGAGAUUAUUUUCAUAGACUUUGCGGAGUGUGUGUUGUUGUUUUCUUGUUUUGUUUUUUCUACAUAAAUUUGUACAUUUUAUUUUCUUGCCACCAUGGUGCUAGGAAAGGUAAAGAGCUUCAUUGUAAGCUACGACUGUCUAAAUGACAGCAAUGUCCCUGUUUUCUCAAGCGGGGACUCCGUCUCAGGAAGAGUUAUUAUCGAAGUCACCGGCGAGAUUCGCGUGAAGUCCCUUAAAAUUCACGCCAAAGGAUUUGCGAAAGUUCGUUGGACAGAAUCGCGAAAUGCUGGAUCCAACACUGCCUACACGCAAAAUUAUACAGAAGAAGUGGAAUAUCUGAAUCAUAGAGACAUCCUUAUUGGCCAUGAACGAGACGAUGAUAACUCAGAGGAGGGUCUCACCACUAUUCAUUCAGGAAGACAUGAGUAUGCAUUCAGCUUUGAGCUUCCACAAACACCUCUGGCUACCUCGUUCGAAGGGAAGCAUGGCAGCGUGCGCUACUGGGUGAAGGCUGAGCUGCACAGGCCAUGGCUUCUGCCCAUGAAGACCAAGAAAGAGUUCACAGUCUUUGAACACAUCGACAUCAACACUCCUCUCCUGCUGUCUCCACAGGCAGGCACUAAAGAAAAAACACUAUGCUGCUGGUUUUGCACCUCAGGUCCAAUCUCCUUAAGUGCCAAAAUUGAACGGAAAGGUUAUACUCCAGGAGAGUCCAUUCAGAUCUUUGCUGAGAUUGAAAACUGCUCCUCCCGUAUGGUCGUGCCAAAGGCUGCCAUCUACCAAACGCAGAACUUCUAUGCCAAAGGGAAGAUUAAGGAGAUCAAGCAAUUGGUGGCCAACAUCAGAGGAGAGUCGCUUUCUUCUGGCAAGACGGAAACAUGGAAUGGGAAGAUGUUGAAAAUUCCCCCUGUGUCCCCAUCCAUCCUAGACUGCAGUAUCAUCAGAGUGGAGUAUUCACUCAUGGUAUAUGUGGACAUCCCAGGAGCCAUGAACCUUUCUAUUAACCUGCCACUGGUGAUUGGCACCAUCCCCCUCCACCCCUUCGGUAGCCGUACCUCCUCUGUCAGUAGCCAGUGCAGCAUGACCAUGAGUUGGUUAGGCAUCGCCCUCCCUGAAAGGCCUGAAGCUCCUCCAGCCUAUGCAGAGGUGGUCACAGAAGAACAGCGGCACAGCUGUCUGGAAGUGCCCUCAGGGCGGGAGAACUUUGAUGGCCCUUUAUUCGCCUACAUCCAGGAGUUUCGAUUUCGGCCCCCUCCACCCUACUCUGAGAUUGAUCCACAUCCAGAUCAAUCCACAUCAACCAUGGAGCAGAGACAUGACAUCUGCCCAUCACGCUGAGAAAUGCAUGGCACAAGUCCAAAGCAGUUGGACUUUAGGAGCUUUCGUUUUUGUUUAUCUCCCGGUGACAAUGAUUGUUCACUAUGCUGUCACCACUGAGAGAAAACAUGUUUGGGGAAAAUCCAGAAGUAAGGGUGCAGGAAGUCACUCAAAUUACUUCACGCCCAACCCGGAGAGUCACAGUCACAAAGUUUGUCUGUGUCGAAGCCCAAGGAUGGAUGCACCCUUAUUGGACUAAGCCAGCAGAGCUUUGUCAAACUAGUUACUUUGCUCUAGUUUUUCUGUAAAGGCUGACAAAGAACUUGCAGACCUUUUCAGAGACCCAAAGAGAGGAAAACACUGCAACCAUAGCCAUUCACAGUACAACUGAGAGAAACCUAUCAUUCUCUUGUCUCAGUUUUGAUUUUUGCACAUUUCCGUUUUCUUUGCUUGAGUUGUGUGACUCAGUUUUAAAAUCACUGAUUGUUUUAUUUUUAGUUUUCAGCCUCUUGCUAUGUUCGACUAAGUGAUUGUAGGCUAAAAACAUAGUCUUGUUUAUCUGCACAAUGUAUGAACAAAGCAGAGAACAGAUUCGGAGGAAAAACAGACUGGAAGGACUGAUGUAAUGCACUGAUCUUGUUUAAGCUCUAUUGAGGGCUGUUUUUUUUUUUUUUUUUUUUUUCAUUAAUUGUGUUUCCUUACAGACACACACAGUAAUCUGUGCUUGGUAACAUGUAGUCUGAAAGCUCUUUGCAAUGUUGCCUCGUAACCCGAGUGUAGAUUUUGUUUUAUUUUCUCCUGUUCACAAGGAUAUUAUUUUAGAUUUUUAAUGUUGAAUGCCUUUAAACCAAUCAUCAUGGUUUGCUUGGUGUUAAAAGUGAUGCACACGUUUCUUGGUAGAUGAGCAACAGUCCAGCUCUUGCCACUCGUGUGUGCUCAAGAGUGGAGAGAUAAAACAGGGUGGGGCCCAGCCAGGCUGCCCUCAAAAGGCCUGAAGAGUUUCUGUUUGAUGUGUAUAGCAGUGUAGGCUUCUAUAUAGCACUACCUGAAAAAAGCACUCAGUCUCAGGUGAUUGCUUCACUUGCCAAAUAAUGUAAACAAGAAAUGGUGUAGAGUUUCAGUUGCACUGUUUAAGAAAGUAGACUAUGGAGGAAAAUCAGAUUCGAUAUUAAAAAAAAAAAAAAAAAAACAUUCAAUAAGAUGAAUAGAUAUGCAUAAAGAUACAAGGCAGUUUUCAAAGACUUAAUGGCAUUCCCUUUUUGUCCUGCUACACUUGCAGACUCCAUUUGCCAUAAUGUUUCUACCGACCAGUGAAGCUAGAUAUGACAGAGCACCUGAAUGAGAAAUUGAAAGCACGAUGGCACAAAAGCUUUAAAAGCCAAGCUGCAAAGCAAGAAGAGGACUCUGGAUUUUGACUCAAGUCAUGUCCAGAGAUAUCCGUAUCCAGUUGAAAUGAGUCAUACAUUUGUUUUAAAAACUCAUUCAACUACAAAGUUAGUCAAGGCUCAGAACCUGCAUGGCCUUACAAAGCACUUUUUACUUAAGUGAAACUGUAAAAUCUGCUUUUAUCUGGUUGAGGUCUGGAUACAUUUUGGCAUUCAACCAUUUACCAACAUAGAUGUUUCCAGCAGUGUUUGACUUGUUGAUUGAGUCAGAUCAAGUGAGGGAGUUUAUGAUUCAGAAAGUUUGUGGAGCACUGCACUGCACUUUGGGCAUAAACAAAGUGAAGUGGUCUUAACAUAGUUGCCUUGAUUAAGAACUGACCUCAACAUGCUUUAUCAUCUAUGUUAGCCUCACUAAUCAUAAUUUUAUUGUCUUUUAGUCUUAGCAUAUUUGGUUGAGGACAAAAAGGGUAAACCAAAACGUCCUUCAAAGUGAGGGUUGAUCAUUUGACAUGCCACUUUUGAUUUUAAUGGGUAAAACUCUAUUCAAAUAUUGGAUCUGUUGAUGAAUAUGGUCAUUUAGUGUUUGUUUUCCAGACAAACAAGCUAGAACAGUUCUGGUCCUCGUCUCGAUUAUUAUGGGAACAAUAGCUGUAGCACACCUCUAGAGAAAUGGGUAGUCCAUGUACUGAAGUGAUAAUUAAACAAAGAAGAAAACAAGCUGCUUCUCUUUAGUAUUUUAUACUUUGAAAUUGAACCAACUGAUGAAAGGAUAAGCUUAAACACAAAAAGACAAGUGCUUCUUUUUGUGCAUGGCCAAUUCCAUAGUAUCAAUGCUUGGCCUUCUGUGUAGUCCAGUGUUAAAGCUAAACUCUUGACUCUGUCAAGAAAGACCUGUAGUCUGAAUAUGGUAUGUUUUAGUGCAAUAUUUCUUGUUUUAGUUUAUUUUGUUUCAAUGGAAUUAUUAUUAUUAUUUCUUUUUUCAUUGUCCUUUUUAUUUCAAUGAUCAUUAUGAAUUAAUGUUCAUAAUGGUUUUAACUUUUGUCUUAGUUCUUUCUUGGAAAUAAAUAAACCUCCCAGAAAAUC